AACAAGAGAGAAAAAGACGAAGUUUGAUCAUGGUGUCAAAAUCUUUGGAAAAAACUUGAUUUAUUGUGCAAACCUUCAGCAAGAUUUUAUUUUAUUGUUUAUUCAACUAAGCGCUCCCAUUUCCUGUUUGUGGAACUUCAUUCUUCAGUGAAUUACGCAUUUGAUACCGCGGAAUCAACUUGAAUUUAUACUAUUUGGAAUCAACUGGAAGUGAUACGCAAGAGAUAUAGUUUUCCUAUUUUGUUUUUAGUGUUGAUGGAAUGAGAACAUGAGAACCCAGCAGCUGCAGCAAACAAUGUUCCGCAGAACAAACGACUGAAGACAACCCACAACUACAAUUCACAGCAGACAGUAGAAUAAAAUGUCCGAUAACAGUUCCGAAACGCAGAAGCAUUCGAGCUCGAGCACAGCGUCCUCAGCACAGUCACCGGUAGAUCCUGUUGCAAAACUAGAAACAUCAGCUUCGUCAACUACAGCCACUUCUCCUGCUAUCAUCGAAACCACCACCACCACACUAACCGUUGACGAGGGUGGCAGACCGCCAUUAGCCUCGGAAGAGGACACCAGCAGCACAAUCAGUAUCAUCGCAUCGGUUACGGUUACGGCAAUAACGGAAAAUUCUGCUCAUACAUCCAGCAGCCCUUGCCUUGGUAGUCAAAGUUCAUCGGAAUCCACGGUACUAGCUACUGUCCAUCAGCCCUCUAUUCCUAUCUUAGUCGAGAGGCAAAUUUCAGUCACUUCUAACGACGGGAGCAUGCAAAACAGCAACGCUAGCAACGGAUUCCGGACCACUUUUAACGGAAGAGUUCCAUUUGCUAGGAUUUUAUCGACGGGCACCGGCACCGACCGACGGGUAAAUGGUAACGAAACUGGCCGGGUUGCAGGAAACCUAAGCAAUAACUUGUUGAAUGACAUUUUUGCCUUCGUGCAGCAAGCACGUAAUCCGAACAGCCUGUUCUCGUCCGAAAGGCGUAAUCUUUUUCUCCAAUCGGGUCGUACGGUUUCGCAAAUGUCCGGUGGUAACACUCCUCCGAUCGUUCUUCCGGUCGGAAAUCCAACUGACGUCGUCAUUGACGUGGACAACGUAACUGGACCGUCUCUUCGAUCGUCAAAUAAUGAAAUUUUCCCAAUUUCGACUUCGUCAUCGAUUGCCAGCGGUAUUCGACAAAAUUCCUGGACCCAACCGAAUUCAGGGGACGAGGAUGGCUCCAACAUGGGACGAUCUUCGAUAGUGCCGAACUUCAAUUAUCAUCAUCACCAUCACCAUUUCCAUAAUCACCAGCCGCUGUCGACGGUUCACCAUCAUCUACCGCAUCUGACGCAGCAGCAGCAGCAACAACUACAGCAAGUGCAAACCGGACAGCAGAGUCAACCGGUUUCGCUCGGGGCAUCCGGUAGCGGAAAUGGCAUUCCAGUUGAUAAUCUUCAGCUACAACCAACCACUCCCACCAAUCCGAACCCGAACAAUGGCACUCGAAGCAACAGUGUCAGCUCCAACAAUCAACCAGCAGACGAAGCUACGGUCCACGAAGCCCUGAAUCAGAUUCCGGAAGCACGUGCGAUGAUGGACACGUUUGCUCGCUACAUUCCGCUUCUGUUCAUUCUUAUUAUCAAACUAUGCUACGAUCAUUUGGAUGGAAUCAUACACUUUCUUGCCCUGCUGAUGACCUUCUCGCAUGCCAACUGGGUUGUCCGGCAGGAGAUAUCAAAACAGGCACAAAAACGGAUAAUGGUUCUGCUGCGUGAACUAAUCUUUAUCGUGGUUGCCCUGGCUGUCGUUGGUUUCCUGCUCGAGCGAAAGAACAUUUUCCUCAGCAUUAUGUUUAUGCCUGAUCUAUCCGAACCGCAGAACCUAAAAUCGUUACUUUUUUCCGUGUGCAUGUCCGACCUGGUACUGAAACUGCUAACCAUCAUCGCGAAGAUUCUGAUCACCGUUAUGCCGCCAAGCGUGAUCGAGUAUAAGAGCCGAGGUAAAAUCUAUCUAAUGACCGAAUCGCUCUCGCAACUGUACCGUGCGGCAGCACCGAUCCAACCUUGGUUGAUUUUCCUGUUUGAAUCCUACUCCGGUUCGGAGAAAAUAGUGGGAGUUAUUCUGUCCGCGGUUUACAUGGUGGCCAAGUCGUCCGAUCUGCUCGAUCGGAUCAAGUUCUGCAAACGGUCCGUCAUCAAAUUGCUACAGAAAACGAGUUACGGAACCAUUCCAUCGAAGGAGCAGCUGCAAGCUUGCGGUGGCCAGUGCCCGAUCUGUCACGAUAACUUCAAUUCGCCAGUGCUUCUGGAAUGUAAUCACAUUUUCUGCGAACUGUGUGUCGGGACGUGGUUCGACCGGGAACAGACGUGCCCGCUGUGUCGGGCCAAGAUCGUUGACGAUCCGUCCUAUCGGGACGGGGCAACCACGUUUUUCCUGCAAUUGUACUAAAUACUAGUCGGAGAAAUGUGCACGCAUAAUCGUUUGUUCUUUUUCGGGCAAGUGAAAUAAUUUGCUUUCGAUAUGUUUGACGGUAAUGCGAAUUGGUUUCUACAGUUGCAGAUUUAUUAUCCAUUGUUUUAUGACACGUGAUACAAAAUUUAUGCGGUAUAGUUUUGGAAGCAGGUGCUCGCUGUUCCAGCGAUCCAGAGAGCUUCCUACCGUUUAAGAUCAUUUAUUUGUUUUGAACUUUAUUAUUAUGAUGAAGCUGAAUAGAAAUUAACUGGUCUUACGAUAAGUUUUAUUUAGUUUAUAUAUGCAUUCUAUUCCACACGAAUCGUGUAAUAAAUAACAACUAUUGUGUCUAGUGUUAAUGAUAAACAGUAACUAUAAUCGAGCGGGCAAAGUAAAUUUUGCCAGUGUGUUUGCUGAUGGCGUAACGAGAGAUUUUUUUUUUUGGCAAAUCGAAGAGAAGAAGAGUGACUUUCAAAGUGCGCAGCGUGUCGAAGUUUUAAAUUGGUGAAAGAUUGCUCGAGUUGUGAGCGGUUGGCGAAGGCCCUCUGCUGACCGGUUAGCCGUUGCGGCACACUAUGGAUAAAGCUACAUGAAUAUAAUUUUCCAAAUAAAGAAAAAUGUUAAUAGUUUCAA